UGACGCAAGGCUCAUCUCAUAUCGACUCGCAAUGCAAGCAUACGCAAGCAGUCGCAAUGAUGGCGUACUAUGGGUGCAAGUACUUCAACAAGAUUGAUCUGAAGUCAGAAUACUACCAGAUUGAGGUGGCAUUUGAGGAUCAACACAAGACCGCCUUCCGAACCAGGCAACCGCUUCUUUACAAUCAGAUCCGCAUCACUGCAGCGCACCAGCCGAAGACAGCGUUCCGAUCGCGCUUCGGCCACUAUGAGUUUACGGUGAUGCUAUUCGGCCUCACCAACGCACCUGCUACCUUCCAGAGGGCGAUGAACGACAUCUUCAGGGACAUCCUGGAGCAGUACGUUCUCGUCUACCUCGACGACUUCCUGGUCUACAGGCGUACCCUUGAGGAGCAUCUCAGACACCUCCGCGGCGUCCUUGACCGCUUGCGCAGACAUGGCUUCUACGCCAAGCUGAGCAAGUGCCACUUUACCCAGCACAAAGCGGAUUUCUUAGGACACUAUGCGUUUGAACAGGGUCUCCACAUGGACGAGGCAAAGAUUACUGCUAUUGCGGAGUGGCCCGUCCCCACAUCCGCCAAGCAGCUUCGCAGCCUCCUAGGCCUUACUAGCUACUAUAGUAAUUUCAUCCAGGGAUACGCUAGGUAUUACGUCCUUACCCCCACCCUCCUCCCGAAGAACCCGCCAUGGGCUUGGACACCCCUCCACGAGGAUGGCUUCCACGCCCUCAAGAAGGCGGUGACAUGUGCACCGGUUCUUCACCUACCCGAUUUUCAUCGCCCUUUUAUCCUUACCACCGAUGCGUCAGACUUUGCUGUAGGAGUAGUGCUUUCUCAUAUUUUCCCCUCCUCUCCUGAUUCCUCUACCGCUACCCCUACCACUGCUUCCCGCUUGACGUCUACUCGUCCUCGCAUCCCUCGCAUCCCGCGCUUCCCACCCCCUACCCCUACCACUGCUUUCUGCCUGACGUCUACUCGUCCAGCUAUUGACUAUUCGCCUACCAUCGACGAGGACGACACUGUCGAGUCUCGCUCAGGUGAUUGUCCGAUAGCCUUCUACUCCCGUCUGCUCUUGCCUGCCGAGAUAAACUACACUGCUGAUGAAUGUGAGAUGCACCUCGACAUGAGUUGUCCCGCGCUGGAUGAUUGGGUUGCACACAUGACGUUGAUCAUGAAGACCGCGCAUGAGCACAUAGCCGCCUCCCAGACUCGCAUGGCCGCACGUGUGAACCGAUCGAGGAUGGAUCAUCCAUUCAAAGUUGGUGAUGAUGUGCUUAUCAACGCCCGCCAUUUACAGCUUGCAGCGGACACGCUUCGCAAGUUCCGGCGUCACUUUUUUGGCCCAUGCCGCAUUCUCCAGGUCGUCGGUUCUGAUACGGCUUCUAGCCCGGUCAGCUUCCAUGUGAAACUGCCCGACUACCUACGCCAGGCUCGUGUGCACAAUGUCUACCACGUCUCAUUGCUGCGUCCCUACUGCAGACCGUUUGAGCGCUUCGCUAGACGACCAUACGAGCGCCCUCCAUCCAUCAUGGUGGACGUCCACGAGGAGUUCCUCGUUCUGGACAUCAUUGGUCGCCGAGUCACCGACGACAACACUCCCCAUGUCGAGUAUCUCGUACGUUGGAAGGGUUACCCUGAUGAGGAGGCUACUUGGGAGCCCCUCGAGCACUUGCAACACGCUCGCAUGUUGAAGUACCUGGCAGCGAAGAAAAUGGCAACGGAGGCUGACUUAGCGGCAGUUCAGAGGAAGAACUUCGCAACGUACAAUGACUUCCUACGGGAGUUUACCUUGGUAGCACUAAGGAUCCCCGAGGUUACAGACCGGAUAAUGAGCAAGUACUUCCUCAGGCAGUUCUCCGAGUUCGACAAGGACAAGAUCCUAUCGGCUUACCAACAGACGAGCAAAUUUGUAAACACCGGGGAUGUUGAUUUCAGUGCGGUAACGGAUCUGGCCGGGAAGACAAUAGUGACCGAGACAGUGGCCUUGCUUAAGGAAGGGGAGGUCAUAGAUCUGACCGGUAGGACAGGCGACAAGGUAAAAAAGGGGAUUGAAAGUCUACAUGAACGAGUGCACGGAGUUGACAAUAAGAUUGAAAGGGUGGAGAAUGCGCUUCUGGUUAUGCAGGCGCAAGUAUCCCGACCCGCCCUCCCUCCCCAGGAAGCCGUAGUUCCGGCAAGAGUAGCCAACCGAGGGUUCGGUCGGAGAGAUCCCGCUAAUGAGCAAUGCAGACUGCUCAAAGGGCUUAGGCAACUGUUGACUCGCCGGCGAGUAGAGAUAGCCGAGAAUCCGGAACCACAAGAAGAGGAAAGGGAGGAGGAAGCUCCACAAGAGCUCGCUAAUCUUCAAAGGAGUCCUGGAGAUUUGGAAGAUUUAGAGAGGGCCUUUGCAGACAUCCGCCUGAGCUUGCCGGACCGAGAAGGUGGCGAGGUCAUGAGGGCACCACUCGGAACGAAGCUUAGCUUCCAUGCACUGCCCGUAGGAAAGCUGAAAGUCCAGAUCAGGACUCAUCAUACUGACGCAUUAGUAGACGGGGGAACAGUAAUCACUCUCAUAAGAAGAGACUUCGCAACAAUUACCGGCUGUACGGUAAAUAAGGAGGUAACAGGGAGCAUCCUGGGAGCCGGUCGAAAAAUUCCGUUCGCUGGGUAUGUCACGAAAUGUGCGGUCAAGGCAGGAAUUAGGGGGUCGAUCUCGUCGUUUCAGCGGAUGACCGUAAUGGAGGAAAUAGACCACGACAUAAUCCUCGGGAGACCAUGGUGCACCAACGUAGAAAUGAUAGGCAUGCACUUGCACGAUAGCAUGUACAUGGUAGAUAUAGAGGAUCCAGUAACUGGCCGUGGGGAGCUCCCCCGACUCAUUGGGACCGGAGGGGACCCGCCUAAACGGAAGUUAGCAACGUGGUCGCCGUCAUUCGAAGAUAGUGCACGGAAAAAGGCUUUUGCGCGAAUGGAAGGGGCUCUAAAGAAUUACAAGCCUAUAGACCCGACGGUGGGGAGAUGGGUAGGAUUCAUCUGGCAGUUCGAUUACAAGAUCGAACGAAUUGCUGGACUCAGAAACAAGGCCGAUGGGCUGAGUCGGGUUUGUAUCAUGCCCGAAGGAGUGGAAGACGCGGAGCCCAUAGAUGCAUUCCUUGAAUACGAAGGAGGGACACUCGCAGUGGAUAAUGAAAUGAUGGGCAAAGGAUGCGCGUCGCGAGAGUUGUUGAUCCAGACCUUGGAAAAAUGGGCUCCGGCCGUCGUAGCAGAACUUAAAGAAGGACCAGUCGCCGAUCGAGGACACAAGGAGGAGAGGGAUUCGUGGGGAGCGAUAGUAGGACCAAAGGAGGAAUUGAUAGCAAUGGCAGUUGAGGGAGGCCGGAAAUUCGUGAUGAGCCUAGUGGAGUCUUGGGAGCGAAAAGAGUUGCAGUGGAUAGUAAACCAGAUGAAGGAGGGAACGGACGAGGUGCAGCAAGGAAGGGAGUUUUUCUAUGCUCAGAUAUACGAAGGGAUUUUUCGUGAGAUCGGAUUGCUGCUGGUAGGAAAUAAACAACCCAUGGAAGUCGGCUUUAAGGCAAGGGAGGAGGUCGAGAGCGAGGGGAGACAGGACAUAUGCGACACACGUGAGGAUGAGGAGGAGAGAAGGGAAAACCCGCAUGAAGAGCGGAGCGGUCAUGGCAGUUGUGAGGGGAGAUACCCGGACUUAGAGGAGGGAUAUGAGAGAAGCACAGAGAUUCCCUAUAGCUUCGAUCCGAAAAACCUCACGGGAGGGUACAGCCCCAUACAGACGGAAGAGGAGGUGGAUGAGGAGGAGGAAGUACAAGAGGUCAUAGAAAUCAGCAGUGGCGAUGAGAGGGAUGAAAUCUCAAGGCCUAGAGAAGAGAGGCGACCCCCGAUGCGCCAGCCGCACGAAGAGGCCUUCAGAUGGGAAGGGUGGUCCUUGGGUGCUAGUGGCAUCUAUGUGUUGGGGAACGAGGUUGUGAGUGAGGUGGAACGACGUGCAAUGCUGGUUGUGCCGAAGCAAUGUCUGGUCAUCACAAUCGGCAUUUGGUCAUCUGGUGAGAUUAUCUCUGCGGUUGGGGGCAGGUAUUUAAGGAUAUCGUCGACGUCCACGUGGCCAUCCAUGGUUGGGGGCAGCAUAGAUCUCCGUGAUGGGAACUGUGCUGUCUCAGUGAAAGGUGCAAGUUUGGAAGCGUGGAAAACAGGGAAGGGUGGGAGAAAGAGGGAGGAUGAAGAGGGAGAAGCAUGUUUGGGCCGAUCGAAACAAAGGAGGCAUUAUGAGGAGCAGCGAGGACGAGGAGGAACAACGAAAAAGAGGAGCGUGGGGAUGAUUAGAAUGGAGGAAAGAGGAGGAGGAUGGAACAAAAGGAGAAAGAGGGACGAAAAGGAGGACGACGAUAAGCAUGUCAGACGACGAGAAUUCAUUAAGGAGGGAGGAGGUUGCGAGGGGGAGGAGGACAUCGCGCAAGGGGGAGGAGGAGUGCCACGUCAGCAGUACCACGUCAACAGUGCCACAGUGCCACGUCAGCAGUGCCCAGCCACCAUGACGGGCUCAGCUCUGGGCAUGCCAGGCCAACUGGCCAAUGAGUCAAUUGUCGAGUACCGACAGCGUUUCGAAGCUCAGCUCACACUGAUCGAGGCUGAGGAACAACGUCAUGCGGCAGCCGAGGCUGCCCGCCUACAAGGUGAAGCGGCGGCAACAGCUGAAAAGCAGCGGGCCGAAGCCGAAGCAAAUACCCAGGCACGCCGCAAGGAGGCCCAGGAUCUGUUACAGCGGCAUGAAGCCACAAACAUCGAAAAGCUCAAGUUUUGGCAUUUUGAACCAUCUGAGCAGCACGACGACGCGACACCGGAAGAGCAACACAAGGAGUUCCUGGCCAAACUUGUGACCCGGUUGGCUUACACUUGUAACCACCUGCAGUCCGAGUUGGCGAAUCUCCGACGGGCGGUGCAGAACCACAAGGGUCUACACGAGGAUGCUACACGGACACUUGAUUCCUGUGUACAGGACUUGGAGCAAGGUGCACCAAGACCAGAUGUUGGCGAGUCCAGUAGUGCACCCUCUACCCCCCAAUUGGAGGAACGAGUUGACCACGCAGUCGCAAUGCUCGGCGACAUCAGCACCUUCGCUGCACCAGCCACCAUCAGCAAGCAGCUGGACACCUUGAAGACCGAGGUUCAGCAACUGCACCAGCUUCCCAACAAGGAUGGCAACACCGCGCAGCACUACAAGUUGCCGACAUUCCAAAUCGAGAAGUUCGAUGGUUAUACGCAUCAAGACCCGGUCCUCUGGUGGGAGGGCUUUACGACGCAACUUCAAAUUCUUUUCGUCCCCAAGCACUCGUACAUCGGCGCGCUGUUCCUCAACUCCAAGGGCGAAGCACUCGUACAUCGGCGUGUUGUUCCUCAACUCCAAGGGCGGAUGCCAGAUCUGGCUCAGCCACCUGGCAACCAUUCACGGCCGACUGUUCCUACACCACAGUCGCCACCUGUCUCGCAACCGGGACAGCAAUAUCCUUGGUACCCCAAGACCCCACUGAACCCACCUGCAACCUUCUCAGGAGACAAGAAGGAUGAGGCUCUCGACACAUGGUUGAGAACGGUGCCAGUGUGGGUGAGGGCAAAAAGGACAUUGGUAGAAGAGGAAGUGAUUACUGCUGCAUCCUACUUAGACGGUUCAGCAGCCCGGUGGUUAAAUGGAUUGGUAGCUUCAAAGGGCUUCGGCAGGAACAUGCAUGAUUGGGCGCAGACCCACACAUUAGAAAGCUUUAUGGACUUAGUGGAGGCUCGUUGGCACAACCCUCAGCAGGCACAGAUUGCCACUAAUGGGCUCUUGAAACUGGAUACUAAAAAGUACAAGUCUGUGCGGGAACUCGCCACAGUCGUAGAGCGCCUGAUCGUCGUCCCGGGAAUGGAGUACAAUCCACAGGUCUUGCCGACCAUGUUCCUGAGAUGUAUUCCCACAUACAUUAGGAAUUUAUUAGCCAGCGAGGCUCGCAGAGAGUAUCACACCUUUGAGUCAUUCAGCAAGAAGGCCCUAGACUUAGAGGCUACGCUGGGUGGAGCUCAAACCCCUUCUACGGACGGGAGAAAGAAGAAGACUCCACAAGAGUGGAAGAAGAAAGGUAGUCGAUUGAUGAUGGUUGAUUCCGAUGGAAAUCAAACCGAGAUCGAUGGUGUUUCCGUUCUUGUGGAGGGUUCAGAGUUUGACGGCGAGGAGAGUGCUGAGGGUAGCAACCUCGCCGCCGUAGUUAAGACUAAGGCAGCUGGCCGCGGCAAGGGCGGUCAACAAAGGAGUCAGGGGCAGGCCACUAACCCGAACAAAAUAGCUGCUUGGGUUAGAGCAGGUCUGGAUCAAGAAGUGUGGCGGGACCGUUGGUCUCGUGGUGCUUGUAUUAACUGCGAGGACCUUCAAGGCGAGUGGUCGGCAAGGGACACUCGUGAGUCCUGGGUGGCACUGAGCAGAGAUCCUAGAGGGGAGCACUUCGUUGUGGAAGUUGAUGUGGGUGGUAGCAAGUGCGGUGCCUUCAUAGACAUUGGCUCCACACGAAACUUCAUAAAUCACGACUGCGUUGACAGACUGUGCCUAAAGGACCGGGUGCAGCGCCUUAGUAGACUGGUAGUAUCUACUUUGGCCAACAAAGAGCACAUGAUGGUGGAGGACUACGUUAAAGAUGUAGUCUGCACCUUCUCCUACCCAGGAGGAGAGAUAAACCAUAAGAUAUCUUUCCUGGUGAGCGACGAGUUGCCCUUUGACAUGUUGUUUGGCAUGUACUACCUCGAGGUUGCCAAGCCCCAGUUUGACUGGGACAAGAAAGUGUUGAAACAUGAGUUGCCUAGUGGGAGAACCAUGAGACUGGCCAAGUACAAAGCCAGUAGGUUAGUAGACUCAUAUGGGUGCUUAUGCGCAUCUGCUUUCUAUAAUUAUUAUAAACAGAACCAAGAGGAAGGAAUGUACUUAGUCUAUGUCUCUGCAAAMRGGGAGGCCRUUAAAACACCCCCARAGAUAGAGACCAUCGUCGCUAAGUACCCAGAUUUGUUCGAGGAGCCUACAGGAGUCGUAGAYARGGAGAUUGUCCAUGCCAUAGAGAUUAUCCCAGGAAGUGAAACACCUAAGGGUAGAAUCUAUAGGAUGGCUCCAGCCGAGUUSGACGAACUUCGGCGGCAACUGAAAGAGCUCACAGAGAAGGGUUGGAUUCAGCCUAGCACUUCCCCCUUUGGCUCACCAGUAUUGUUUGUUCCAAGGAAAGGGGGAACACUAAGGAUGUGCAUUGAUUAUAGAGGYCUCAAUGCCAUCACUGUUAAGAACGCAGAGCCUCUACCACGCAUCGACGACCUAUUGGAUAGGGUGCAGGGGUGUCUGUCAGCGGGACAAGCCGCGGACUCGAGCUCCGCUUGGGUUACUCGAGCCUUACUUAUUCCUGCUGGCCCAGGGCAGAGUAUCUCCAUGGACUUCAUGGAUACUCUUGUGACCAGCAAGAAUGGCAAGAGGCACAUCUUCAUCAUAUUGGAUAGGUUCACUAAGUACGCUAGACUAAUCGCCAUGCCAGAGACUGCCAGGACUGAGCACGUCAUCAAGUUGUCCAUGGACAAAUGGCAGACUGUCGAACACAUUAAGAAAUCUCAGGAGGUCAUGAUUGCUUAUGAGAACAAGCGUGGUCGACAGUUCACAUUUCAGGUAGGGGAACGUGUCUGGGUCAAGGCUAGUGAACUGGGACAGGAGUUUGGCAUCUCUAGGAAACUAAUGCCUCAGUAUUUCGGUCCCUGGGAAGUUCUGGAUAUCGUGGGGAAUGAUUUGGAUGGUCCCUCGUACGUUAUUUGUAUCCCUGGUUACUUACGCACUUACCGUGUUUUCCACGCUUCCAAACUUGCACCUUUCGCUGAGACAACACAAUUCCCAUCACGGAGAUCUAUGCUGCCCCCAACCAUGGAUGGCCACGUGGACGUCGACGAUAUCCUGGAUCACAGAGAUACGCCUGUUCCUAAGCCACCUGGCAGGGAAAGACCUCCCAAACCUGCGAGGGAGUACAGAGUACAUUUCAGGCAUCAUACAGAUCCGAAGGAAGAUCGAUGGAUUUCAAGGGAGGAACUUGUCAAGACAGCUCCUCAGAUCGUGGCCGAUUAUGAGAAAAGACUGAAGGGGAAGGCACCAGCAUGAAGCAUCUCAGCGGACUUUCGAAGCUAAGGGGGAUGGAAUGUGAGGAACUAGCCCUCAAGUGGCCCUUUCAUAC